AUGCAGGCGCGGGCGCUGCUCCUGGCCGCGCUGGCCACCCUGGCGCUGGCCCGGGAGCCCCCGGCCGCGUCGUGCCCCGCGCGCUGCGAUGUGUCGCGGUGCCCGAGCCCACGCUGCCCCGGCGGCUACGUGCCGGAUCUCUGCAACUGCUGCCUCGUCUGCGCCGCCACCGAGGGCGAGCCGUGCGGCCGCCCCGUCGACUCGCCGUGCGGGGAGAGCCUGGAGUGCGUGCGCGGGCUGUGUCGCUGCCGCUGGGCGCACGCCGUGUGUGGCACCGACGGGCACACCUAUGCCAACGUGUGCGCGCUGCAGGCGGCCAGCCGCCGCGCGCUGCAGCUCUCCGGGACGCCCGUGCGCCAGCUGCAGAAGGGUGCCUGCCCAUCGGGUCUCCACCAGCUGACCAGCCCGCGGUACAAGUUCAACUUCAUCGCCGACGUGGUGGAGAAGAUCGCGCCGGCCGUGGUCCAUAUAGAGCUCUUCCUGAGACAUCCUCUGUUUGGCCGCAACGUGCCCCUGUCCAGCGGCUCAGGCUUCAUCAUGUCAGAGGCGGGCUUGAUCGUCACCAACGCUCACGUGGUGUCCAGCACCAACACCGUCUCGGGCCGGCAGCAGCUCAAGGUGCAGCUGCAGAAUGGUGACACCUACGAGGCCACCAUCAAGGACAUCGACAAGAAGUCGGACAUCGCCACAAUCAAGAUCCACCCCAAGAAAAAGCUCCCGGCGCUGCUGCUGGGCCACUCGGCAGACCUGCGGCCCGGCGAGUUCGUGGUGGCCAUUGGCAGCCCCUUCGCCCUGCAGAACACGGUGACCACCGGCAUCGUCAGCACAGCCCAGCGGGACGGCCGGGAGCUGGGCCUCCGGGACUCCGACAUGGACUACAUCCAGACGGAUGCCAUCAUCAACUAUGGGAACUCCGGGGGACCGCUGGUGAACCUGGACGGCGAGGUCAUUGGCAUCAAUACGCUCAAGGUCGCAGCCGGCAUCUCCUUUGCCAUACCCUCGGACCGCAUCACGCGCUUCCUCUCAGAGUUCCAGGACAAGACUGGCAAAGACUGGAAGAAGCGCUUCAUCGGCAUCCGGAUGCGGACCAUCACACCAAGUUUGGUGGAGGAGCUAAAGGCCAGUAACCCAGACUUCCCGGCGGUCAGCAGUGGGAUUUAUGUGCAAGAGGUUGUUCCGAAUUCACCUUCUCAGAGGGGAGGGAUCCAGGACGGCGACAUCAUCGUCAAGGUCAACGGGCGGCCCCUGGCCGACUCGAGCGAGCUGCAGGAGGCCGUGCUCACCGAGUCCCCCCUGCUGCUGGAGGUGCGGCGGGGCAAUGACGACCUGCUCUUCAGCAUCGCGCCCGAGGUGGUCCUGUGA